AUGCCACCAAAGAAGAAGGAGACCGCCUCCAAGGCCCCAGCCAAGAAGAAGGAGGGAGGAGGAGGAGGAAAGGCCAAGAAGAAGAAGUGGUCGAAGGGAAAGGUCCGCGACAAGUUGAACAACGCUGUUCUCUUCGACAAGGCCACCUAUGACAAACUUUACAAAGAGGUAAGAGUUUUACUUUUAUUUUUGUUGUGUUUAGGAUUUUGGAGUUGGGUGGGUGCCGAAAUAUAAAUGCGCUUUAUGGGGAUCGGCAUUAUAUUAGGUGAAAUAAUCUUGAUAAUGGAGAUGAUGGACUGGUAGUUAAUUUAGACAAAGUUUUAGAAACGCCAUGUCAAUUUCGCACCUUAUCUUAGCAGAAGUUUAGCUUACGUCGAUUUUUGGCAUGGUGAAUAUAACUAGCUUGCUUAGGUCGAAAAUACUUUCCAGCUGAUGUAAACUUUUUUGAAAAUACCCUCUAAGGUGUCCUUUAGCUGUUCUAAAGGUUUUGUUAUGAACCAUUUACAUUUUUAUUACUUUCAGAUCGUUUCCGUGAAACUCAUCACCCCCUCAGUGGUUUCCGAACGUCUGAAGGUCCGAGCUUCGUUGGCCACUGCUGGUCUCCGACAACUCCAAGCGGAGGGACACAUCAAGUGCGUCGUCAGACACGGCUCCCAACUGGUCUACACUCGCGCCACCAAGGCCGAAACCGACGAGUAA